GUGAAAAAAGGUCACCACCGAGAGCCCGAGAUAACCCGUUUCCCGUAAUCGUCGCCCGUAAACCCGCCCGAGAGCGCGGUCGCGAGAGCCAAGUUAGUUAGUGUUCAGGAAGUGUGUGAAACGUUCGGAAAAGAAAAACGUAGAAAAAUGGACAAAUUUUCUCUGCAGUGUGUGCAUAACAUCUUCUCGGGUGGCAAGCGUAGUGCAACAGCAGUCGACGAAUGAGGUUGCCACAUUGAUACAGAAGCCAGAAGUGGUGCAUAAAACUAGUGAAAACGCACCACCAGCAUGCGUGCAUUCAUUGCGCCAGUGCAUUCGGGGUAAGAAGAAGCGAUACCGCUGGUGAGCUUUUCCUAGUGCAUGUGCAAGUGCGUGUGCGUGUGUGUUUAUGAGCAAAAAUAAAACGGUUUGAAAAAAAUAAAUAGAAAAAUAAAACCCAGUGCGUGUUGCAGCGUGUCCUUGCCAACGAUGCUGUUGCAGUAAAAACGACGUGGCGUGAAAGUGGAAAACAGGUGUAAUUGCAGUACGCGGAAAUAAGCAAACCAAAAAGGACGAAACUGUCCUUCGUGCAGGGGCUGGGGUGAAAAAGUGAGAGAAAAAAAAGUCGACCAAAAAGCACGAGGCACACGUGAAGGGCUGCCCGCAGGGGGUACACGUGUGCGCAACGGUGCUGCGGGGAAGAGAAACAAAGAAAACACCAACAACAACAGCAACAAGAGAGAGAGAGAGAGAGAGUAAUACGCCGAACGUGGAAAACUAGUGAACCGAAGCACCGACCACGGCAACGAAGAUGGCGAACCCGCGGAAAUUCAGCGAGAAAAUUGCUCUACACAAUCAAAAGCAGGCGGAGGAGACGGCCGAGUUCGAAAGGAUCAUGCGGGAAGUGUCGGACGUCACGUCGAAGGCUUCGAAGAGUGCCAAUCUGUCACCGACGACGGGUGGCCUGGGCACGUUCCGGGGCGGGUCCCUGCCCAACGUCAACAAUGAUAACAAACAGUACCAGGAAAAGGCUGAAGAUGGUUCUAAUUUAACCGAACUGAAACCCUACACCCAACCGGAGACGAUAAAGGUGAAAAAGGAGAUAUCACCCAAAGCAAGUACGCCCAGCCACACGAGGGAAUCGAGAGGUAAUGGACGAACACCUGGCGGUCCCAUGCGUAAUCGGCAGGCGAGCCGAAACCAUGACACGUCACCGUAUGGAAAUAGCACGGUCCACUUGAUUCCACCGAUAGAAAAUAACUGGCACCGGUCGAUCUCGGAUUCGGCUAUCCAUCAGAGCCUUUGCCAAAAUCAGCAACAAGACGCCACCCAUCUGUCUACUCACUCACCCCUAACGCUAAGCCCGACGGUGCAAAGGAAGAUUUCAAAUGCUCAACACAUUUCGAAAGUACACAACAGCCACAUGACCAACAACCACCACAGUCACCAUCAUCACCAUCAUCAUGCUAGCAGCAAUCACGACAACGGAUCGACGCAGGACAUACGGUCACGCUCCUCUACGGCGCUGCCGAGGUUACCCGGAAUCAACAUCUAUCCGUCGCAGAACCACCCGGAUAGCAUACAGAUACCCAUACCGAGCAAUACGGGCUCGCUGCCAGAUCUAACCUCCGUCGGUUUUCCCUCCAUGUAUCCGGCAACGUUGGACCAAGAGUACGAUCCGAACGGACAGAACCACAGCUACUGCCCGAGUCCCCUGGGCACGUCGCCUUCGUCCCUUUCGCCAACCUCUGCCAUACAGAACCAUCACCAUCAUCCCCACCCGAGGGCGAACAGUUUCAGUGGUGGCGUCAACGUUGGCAGUGGUGGUGGUAGCGGUGGAGGCGGUGGUAAUGGUGUGGGAGGGUACCCAAUUCCGACCAGCCAUUCGAACAGUGGGUCGGUUAGCCCGACGAGUAGCGGCAUCAGCUGUAGUCCGAGUGGGGGGGCUCCGAUCGCGGGAAAUAACGUGAAUCUGGUCAACACCGUCAAUCACAGCAACAACGGCACCGCUCUUAACAAUGGCAUUAACAAGAGCAAGAAAGCGAAACCACAAACCAUCUCUAGUCAGCCUUUUUUAUCUGUACCAGAUAGUAAUAGAUAUUCGUUUAUGUCAAAGGUCAACAAUACUUAUGACACUAGCCAACAGCAGCAGCAGCAGCAAUCGCAGGCACAGUCACCGCAACAGACACAACAGCAGCAACGAAUACCGACCCUAGAUCAGAUCAGCUACGACAGCUUCACCCAUAUCACCGACGGUUUGGCGUCGCCUAAUCAGAACUCUCCCGAAAGCAUACUGUACGGAUCUCACGGCAAUAUGUCCCCGCAACUAAUGUCUGACUAUCGAACGCGACCCAGUCCUGGUUCCAGCCCGGGACUUGCACUCGUGAAUAAUCCCGAUUCCAACUCAAGUGCUCCUUGUAGUCCCGUGUCGCACACGGUGGGCAGUAACAAUGGACCAUCCUAUGAGAAGUAUCCGACCAGUGACGUUUACGUGCAAAACACCUUACCACAGUAUUUGGAGCACAUAACAUUGGACUGGACUACGCUGGUUCAGAGUUUAGUAGAGUCCGGAUGUACAUUAACCGCGCAAGUGCAGGGUGACACCGAUUUUAACACGAAUCAGAUGGUCUUUAGUGGGUUUGAUGAAACCUACCUGACGAUGAACAACGGGCUCGGUAUACGAACACACACCGGGCUUGGGAACGGGCACAACCAAGGCCACCAAACGACGACAUCGCAAACGACCCAACUUAACUCGCUCAACUGUCAGAACAUGCAGAGCAUGCAGAGCACCACCAUGAACAACAUGUUCAACGGGACCACGGAACCAUUGCUCAGCCUGCCCAACACGCAAUCGCUAAUCGAACCGCAAACACCGACGAUACCGGAGAUCGUUUUCACAGAUUACUCGACCAGGGACGACUUCGAAGCAGAUCUUGGGCUCGGGCAUAUGGAUUUCCAGAGCAUCCAGAUGCUGUCCGACACGAGCACCAUGAUCGAUCCGAUGGACGAGGACAGCUUUCGGCGGGACUUGCAGUAG